AAUCAUAUGUCAUCGACGUUCUCGUGCAAACAUAUGAUAACCAUCACCAUCACUCGAUCGUGUUCGUUGUGGUGGUGUACUAUUUUGUUGUGCUCUGCAAUUUAACUUAUAAUUAGUUUGUGUUUGUAGGAUUUUACCAAAUUCGACGUUUUUAGUGAACCAAAUCACCCAUUAAUGAAUAACUGUCUCAAAACAUUCAGGUACAUUCAUAAUAAUCAAUUCUAUUGUGUUUCAAAAUCGACCUGUCUGGACAAAGAAAGUUUCAGAGUAUCAAGCUGCAAAUAAACUUACAACUUUCUUUUUUAUUUGGAAAAAAAUCAUUUUUUAAUUCUUAGUCACUAUAAUUUAAUGUUUUAUCAGCAAAUUUCAAACAUGAUCUAUCUCUAUACUAUUCUGUAACUUUAAUCAGUUCUCUUAUCUUUGAUUGAGCACGUAAUUUCUUGUGCAUUAUGAAAUAGAUGACUACUCUUUACAUGGAAUGCGUUAAUUUAUUUUGAAAUAUGGUUACUGUGCUGAUAAAGUAAUUAAUCCUGCUUAAACAGUGUAAUCGAAUAGGUAGUGAACUAUUUCCAACUUGGCUUAUUAUAUUUUUUAUGCUAGACAACUGUAUCGUAAAUAUUUUUUUGCAGUUAGGCUAUUAUUUUUCCAAGUUAGAGAUUCAAAUAAUACUAGAAGGAAAAUCAAUUUAUCAGCUCUCAAAGUUAGUAGACAAACUUCAUACUAACGUUGAUCAGCUCUGACUGUCUAUGAUGUCGUUUUAAAAACUAGGUGAUCAAAUAAUUUAGAUUUUCUUUUACGUUGUGGCAAUUCAAGGUGCUCUUUCGACCACAAUAACUACAAGUUGAUGACAAAUAUGUGGUUGAGUUAGUACGGUAACUGGUGGUUGAGGAGCAAGUUGAUAGCUACACUCUUGGCUUCCGACUCAGAUUCGUAAAAUCGAAAAUGUCGUCACCCAGCAUCGGCAAAAGGCGUAUGGACACAGACGUGAUAAAGCUGAUAGAAAGCAAACACGAAGUAACAAUUAUCAGUGGUAUCAACGAGUUCUACGUGAAGUUCUACGGACCCCGCAACACGCCCUACGAGAAUGGCGUGUGGAAAGUGCACGUGGUGUUGCCAGAGCACUACCCGUUCAAGUCGCCGUCGAUAGGGUUCAUGAACAAGGUGUACCACCCGAACAUUGACGAGGUGUCGGGAACGGUCUGUCUAGAUGUGAUCAAUCAAGCGUGGACAGCUCUCUACGAUCUGUCGAACAUUUUCGACUCGUUUCUGCCGCAGCUGUUGACUUACCCAAACCCCGUGGACCCUCUGAAUGGCGACGCGGCCGCCAUGUAUCUGCACAGACCUGACGAGUACAAACGCAAGGUGGCCGAGUAUGUCAACCGAUAUGCCACCGAGGAGGUGUUCCGCAAGCAGGCUGCCAACGCAAACGCCGCAAACUCUGACGACAGCGAGUCCUCCAUGUCCGAUUUCAGUGAAAACGAGGCUGAGGCCAUGGAGUUAUAACAAAUCCACACAUUGUCAUUAACCACGCAUCACUCUAUAUAGACGAGAGUACUUGUCACAUCAUUGUACAUCUAAUCACUUCUUUAAGGGCAAUUCAUCAGUAUUUUCACAAUAUAUAGAAGAAGACGGUAGAUGACAUGCUAAGAUUAAAACUUAAAAUCAGGCAUAUAUGACGUCAAUCCAAAACUAAUUACUUGUUUAUCACGAACUUCUCGUUAUUCUCUCAGUAUGUUCUCGUAUCAGAAGACUAGGCUUCACUCCAAACAUAGGCUGAAUUAAUAUUUUGACGUCACUUUACAUCUCAUCACCUCGGACCUGUAUUUAGAUUAACUUGAAAUUGUGAGAAUUUGUUGAAUGGGAAGCAUUGAUGCAGUUUAGUGGCAAUCUUAUGGUUAUACACUUUUCAUUAUUUCCACUUUUCACUGAAAUAGUUUUUCUGACAGAAGUUGGCUAUCUAGGUCGGCAUAGGUGAUGUAGGUGUCGUCAUUUGAAUGGCUGAUGUGGUUGAAUUUCAUGACGCUAUUUCAAAAUCAAUGACCUUUUUUACCGACAUUUUACAAUAGAGUUGCCAACAGAAGUUCAAUAUCUCGCCUGGAGAAAAUUAUGUAAUUUAACUACAAGACUUCAUUCCGGGCCACACAGCUUGUACCCUGAAUUUAUAUGACAACUGAAGACUUUAGACUGUUCAGUAACUUGAAUUCUUCUUCAAUUUUGUUUGAGAGUUUGUUUUUUGAUGCAAACAUAUUUUUCAAUAUACGGGUUUUAAGAGAAGGUGCGAUACUUGUGAGGGAGAAUCCAGGUUAAAAUCUGUAUGGUCCGUAGUUCAAUGUUCAAAUUUAUGUCAUCUUCCGUCUUCUUCUAUAUACAGUGAUCAUUUGAUGCAGCUAUUAUGAAAUCCACUUGCUGCCAGUUAAAAGUGAAUCUCACUAUAGAAGUCAAUCCAAGUUUUUUAAUCUGAGAUUUUCAAUUUUGCUGGUUCUGUGCUGCAUUUCCAAAACUGAUAUCUUGUUAUAACCAUCUUAUUUCACCCACUAUACUUGAAUAAUUCUACAUUUUAUUUUCAAUUUUAUAAUAAUUAUUACAAAUUAUCCAAUUACAAGAGUAGUUUUCUAAGAAUUUGUUCUGUAUUCGCUCUGGGUAGAAAUCGAUUACUUCUUAUUCUUUAUUCUAUUCCAUGGUGUUGAUUCUGAACUGUAUUUUUAAUUCGAAAAUGAAAAUGAUAUAAUUUAUAUUUAGUCUUGUCAAACAUAGAUUUCAAAAUUUAACAACAUUUUAAUUGAUACUUAUUUAAGCAAUUGAUAGUGUUUCUUAAUAAUGAGCACUAAUUGACCCUUCGCAAAUUAUACAUCACAUCUUAUUUUAAAGAUUUUUUAGUCUUCAGCAAAGCUGAAAUCUCUAUUUAUUUAUUAUCAGACAAAAUGUCCAUCAUUAAAUGUAUGGCUUUGCUCCAAAAAUAUGCUUUCGAUUGUUUUUAGUUUGUUAUUGAAUAUUUGACAUAAUUCUUAUGAUAAACUAAUAACCAAUAUGUAACCGCUCUGAAAUAAGAUAACUCUGUGUGUGUGAUUAUGUAGGAAGUCUUUGUGAUUUUAUAUUAAAAUGAAAUAUCUGUGAUGAAAUUCCUGCUAAUCUUUUCCAAAAUGUACUGCUUGAAUUAGAAAUUAUUGUAUAGAUACUUUCAACUAGGAUAUGAAACUCAACUAGUUAGUAUUAUCAGCAACAAUAACCACAAAUAAGAUCAUAGUUUAUAGAUAUUAAAAUGUAUUUCAAUCUACAGCAAAUGUGUUUAUAGGUUGAAACAAAGAUUGAAAUUAUUAAACUUAUUUUUAAUUUCAAUUGUUACAUGGCAGAAUAUUCUAAAAUCGUAUUCUAAUUACAAAUUUAUCUUCAUUUGAUAAGCAUUUGCGCAAAGCAAUAAAUUUCCUCUCAGCUCUUAUUUUAUUUUUUGUAUCAAAUUCUCCAAAAUGAAUCAGUUAAAUGUUGAAAUGUGCGUACAUUUUUACCUGGUCACUGCCUGUUGUUCUUCUCACUAUAAAUGCUAUAUUUUCAGAAUUAUACAACUAUUCUUAAAUUAUAAAAUGUAUUGUAGUAAACAUUAGAUUAUUAAUAAGCAAACAAGGUGAUACCAUCUAACAAAUAAUGAAUCAAAUUGUAAAAUGUUCACUGCCUUGAAUCACUUCAUUAGUAUGAAAUUGAUUUUGAGAAUAAUUCAGAAAUUUCCGUUCUGAGAAAAAAUUUAAUAAAACUAGGAGUUUAUGUGAACAUUUUAAAUUUAUUGUGCAGAUGUAAAACAAACUUCAAAUAGUUGAUUUCUCAAAUUUGUAGAUCAAUAUCUUGUUAUUAUUGGAAACUCUUAUCUGUAUCUUGCACUUCAGUACCAUUACUAAAUUAGAAAUAUAGACUUAAGAUUAAAGAUUCAAGAUUUAUUAAAAUCGAAGAAUGAGGAAGCUCAUGAAAUUGUGAGAUAAGAAGCAAGUAUUAUAAUAUAAUGUCAACAGAAAUUAAGAAUGAGCAUCAAUUCAAUUUGUGAUUGCUAGGGUCGACAAUUAUCGAUAACCCUCACCAUGAAAAUAUGUGUCAAAUUAGAUUUAUUUUAAUAUUUACUACCUACCUAAUGUUUGUAGUUACAAGACACUCCACUGACGAACAAUGUUGCUAAAUUUUAAUACUGGGUGGCCAGCAAUAUUUUUAGAAUACCCGAUCAAAUUAAUUCAAGUCAAGUUAUCAAGUUUUCUUGUUAAAUAAUUAUAUUUUCACAAUUUUUUAUGAGUUGCCAAUACUAAAUUAUAAUCAUCCCAUGAUCUUAUGAAUCAUCAGAAUUAGUACUAGUAAAAUGAUGAGUAUAGUAUUUGUAAAAUGAUGAUUUUUUGAGAGAUUAUUUGGUCAGUUUUGUAAGUGAAAUCAAUAAAGUCCAGAGAUGUGGAUUUGUGUGGAAAUUUAAUUUGAUCAUAUCAGUUAAUAAUUAUUUGAACACAUCAGGUUAGAAACAUUGAGACAUUCAUGCAAAAAGAAAGUUUUUAAAUUCACAUUGAAACUAAUCAAUUCAUUCAGACAUUCAUGAAGAAUAUUAUUUCUCCACUCAAGGCCCUAUAAAGUAAGAAAGUAUUCAUAAAUUUUAGGACUGAUGAUUAAUGCGAAUACAAUUUGUUUUCAAUAUAUUAAAAAAAUCCAUCUGAAUAUUUAAUAGUAUAGCCUAAUUCUUGAAAAUGUUUGUAUUAAAAUUUGGUAAUGAUUAUUACUACAAGUCUUCAACAGACAAAUUUUGUGAAAUUCAAAAUUCGUAUUACUAUUUAAGUUACACAUUAACAUUUCUAAGCUUUUGACUAUGAGUGCAAAGAAAUAUUGGAAAAUAGAAUAAUUAUGCUUCCAAAUUGAAGAAAAUUGUAUUGAAUGCGCAUUGAACACUGAUAGAAUAAUACAUAUAGUAACAUAAACAUUAAAUGCUUAACACAAAAAAUAUAGAAUGAUGAAAUUGAAAAAUGCUAUUCUUUUAAUGUUUAGUUUUCGUAGAUUUUGAUCUAUUAUUCACAUGUUCUUCAAUUACAUACAAAGUAAUGAUUUUUAAACACCUGAAACUGGAAUAAAAAUGCACUUCAAGAGCAUGUCAACUCUAUUAUAAUGAAAGUGUAUUAUUCCAUCUCCCAGUUGUUUUGAAUAAGAAAUAAUCUUCAAAUGAAAAAAAACAACCUGUCUGUGUUGAAAUAUUCGAAAAAUUGCAGUUUUAAGGAAUUUUAUUUUAAAAUGAUGACAAAAUGUCUCUGUAAUUACUUUUAUAGAGACAUUAUAUAUCUACAUCACUGCCUAUAGGCUACGAACAAUUUUUCUGCUUAAAUUUCUAAUGAAAAACAAAUUUGUUUAUUCAUACUGUAUUUAAAUUUGUCACUCUAGGUACUUAAUGAUUAUUUGAUGGCUUGUUCAAAUUAUUUAGUGGUGUUUGAUCAAUUAUUUCUGAUGUGGAUUAGGAUAAGACUUUGAGAUUACAAAACACAACCCAUAAUAUAAUACUAGUCUACGAACUAUGGAUUCAGAAUGUGAGUAGACUGAGUACACUCACAAAAAUUAUACCUAUCGUAAUGACUGGUAGCCUAGAGAACAACACCCUUAGUUCCAAACCAUUC